AUGCAGCAAAACGCAUCUCAGCAGGGAUUCGCCGUUCCGGGUGGGAGAGUCGCCAGGAUGUCUGCUUUGCGAGAGGUAUCUAGUUCUUCGCCGGCGAGGUCUCGUACUUCUGCCGCCUUUUUUGGUGGUGCUAAAUAUAGCGAUUCUUCCGACUCUGAGGGUCUUGGGGCUAGCCCCGGAGCGAUAUCUAAGAAGAUUCCUCCUACGGCUGGUAAGCGACAUGGCUCCCUCUCCAGCAGCUCGGCUGUUGCCGGCGCAGGCAGCGAUAAUUCGCCUCAUUCUGGUACCGGCGCCCAGCAUUCAUCUCCAGAAGGAAUGGCUAGCGGGCAAUCAGAGCAGCUCUCAUCUUUCCAGGACUAUUAUUCCCAGGAUGACAUCCAUCCGGGCGACCGAGUCGCUGCGCUUUGGGCGUACCAACCUCGUGCCAACGACGAAUUUGCUCUGGACCGUGGAGACAUGUUGAAGAUAAUUGGCAUCUGGGAUGAUGGCUGGGCUACUGGCAUUCGUAUCCCAGAAAGUGCGGAGGAUUAUGAUGCUAGGCGUCGAGAACAACGCGAUAGUGGUGUGUCCAAUGGCUCGCAUCGCCCGGCCGCUUCUCCAGCACCAGUUGGAGAGAUCAAGGCGUUUCCCUUGGUCUGCGUCUGUCUUCCCCAGCAUUGGCGAAAGAUCAUUGAUGGAGGACAAAAUGAAGACGGCUCAUGA